UGUGAACAAUUUGGAGGAUGAGUUUGAUUUCCAUUGGUAAUGCAAGCAAUUUGCUUGUGAAUUGUCCUGUUCAAUGGAAGUGUAAGUCUUUCACUGUUUUCCGGGGCUCGGUAAGGCCGGAAUGGAAGAUAAGGAGGGAAUCAGUUGUAAAAGCUGCUUUGAUGGAGGUGGGAAGGUCCGGGAUGGAUUUUGGAGAGUCGGGUUGGAAGGAGUAUCAAGAGGACUUUGAGAGACGGUUUCGGAUCCCUCACCUCACGGAUUCGUUCCCGGAGCUUUCUCCAAUCCCUUCCACCUUCUGCCUAAAGCGAAGGCGUCCAAUUAUCGACGAUUAUUUUGAUUGUUGUCCAUCUGCUGAACAAUGGAAUGGGUAUGUCAACAAUGAUGAUAGAGUCCUACUUAAGGUGAUAAAAUACUCAUCUCCGACAUCAGCUGGUGCAGAGUGUGUUGAUGGCAAUUGCUCAUGGAUUGAACAAUGGGUUCAUCGAGCAGGUCCAAGAGAAAAGAUUUACUUCAGACCAGGAGAAGUUAAUGCAGCAAUUGUAACUUGUGGAGGACUUUGUCCUGGUUUAAAUGACGUUAUCCGGCAGAUUGUUAUAACUCUUGAGAUGUAUGGUGUCAAAAGGAUUACAGGAUUACGGUUUGGUUAUAGAGGUUUCUCUAAGGACGUCCCUGAAAUACCGCUUUCUCGGGCAGUAGUUCAGAACAUUCAUCUUGAGGGUGGCAGCUUACUAGGUGUUUCUCGAGGGGGUCCCAAUACCAAGGAUAUCGUAGAUAGUAUGCAGGAAAGAGGUGUCAACAUGCUCUUUGUUUUGGGUGGUAAUGGAACUCAUGCCGGCGCAAAUGCCAUUCACGAAGAGUGCCGUAAGAGACGGAUGAAAGCAGUAGUUGUCGGAGUCCCCAAAACAAUUGACAAUGAUAUUUUACUGAUGGAUAAGACCUUCGGCUUCGAUACUGCUGUCGAAGAAGCACAAAGAGCAAUUAAUUCAGCUUACAUUGAGGCUAACAGCGCUUAUCAUGGAAUCGGUAUCGUGAAACUGAUGGGCAGAAGCAGUGGAUAUAUAGCCAUGCACGCAUCGCUUGCUAGCGGACAAGUUGAUGUGUGUUUGAUUCCGGAGGUAUCAUUUAAUCUCCAUGGCCCCAAUGGUGUUCUAAGACAUCUAAGGCAUCUCCUUGAAACUAAAAGAUCAGCUGUUGUUUGUGUUGCCGAGGGAGCUGGCCAAAAUUUAGUUGAGAAAACAAAUGCAACUGAUGCUUCGGGAAACAUAGUUUAUGGAGAUAUCGGUGUUCAUAUUCAACAAGAGAUAAAGAAGUACUUUAAGAACAUUGGUAUGCUGGCCGAUGUCAAGUACAUCGAUCCUACAUACAUGAUAAGGGCAUGCCGAGCCAAUGCGUCUGAUGGGAUUCUCUGCACUGUUCUAGGACAAAAUGCUGUUCAUGGUGCAUUUGCUGGAUACAGUGGAAUUACAGUCGGCAUUUGCAAUACGCAUUACGUCUAUUUCCCAAUUCCGGAAGUGAUUUCGCAUUCGAGACAGGUUGAUCCAAAUAGUAGAAUGUGGCACCGUUGCUUAACAUCUACAGGCCAGCCUGAUUUCUUCUGAUUUAUGAACUUUGUUUACAGUUUCAUGAAACUUUACACGAAGAAAGUAUUCAUGUUCUUUAUAAUUAGUUUUCUAUCUGUUUCAUAUCACAUUACUCAA